CCUGACCGGAGCAUGGCUUGCCUCAGGCCUGGGACUUUGGCCCAAGGACGAGGAGAUCCAUAAAACCAGGCCCAGUUCUCAACCUCACAUCUGCCACAAUGCUGCUGCUCAGCCUGACCCUUAGCCUGGGCCUCCUUGGCUCCUCCUGGGGCUGCGGCAUUCCUGCCAUCAAGCCGGUACUGAGCUUCAGCCAGAGGAUUGUCAACGGGGAGAAUGCAGUGCCAGGCUCCUGGCCCUGGCAGGUGUCCCUGCAGGAUAGCAGUGGCUUCCACUUUUGCGGUGGUUCCCUCAUCAGCCAGUCCUGGGUGGUCACUGCUGCCCAUUGCAAAGUCACCCCUGGCCGCCACUUUGUUGUCCUGGGCGAAUAUGACCGAUCAUCCAAUGCUGAGCCUUUGCAGGUUCUGUCCAUCUCAAAGGCCAUCACGCACCCUUUCUGGAACCCUACCACCCUAAACAAUGACCUGACACUACUGAAGCUCGCCUCCCCGGCCCAGUACACAAAACGAAUCACACCAGUCUGCCUGGCUUCUCCAAAUGAGGCACUGCCUGCAGGCCUCACGUGUGCCACCACUGGCUGGGGACGCCUCAGCGGCGUGGGCAAUGUGACCCCAGCACGCCUGCAGCAGGUGGCUUUGCCCCUGGUCACUGUGAGUCAGUGCAGGCAGUACUGGGGCUCACGUAUCACUGACUCCAUGAUCUGUGCAGGCGGCUCAGGGGCCUCCUCGUGCCAGGGAGACUCUGGAGGGCCUCUUGUCUGCCAGAAAGGGAACACGUGGGUGCUUAUUGGCGUUGUCUCCUGGGGCACCAGCAACUGCAACGUGCAGAAGCCUGCCAUAUACACUCGGGUUAGCAAGUUCAGCACCUGGAUCAACCAGAUCAUAGCCUACAACUGAGACUACCACAGGCCCUCUCCCCAUCUCAAUCCAAUAAAGACGCCAUGCUCUGUC